GAAAGGCAAAAAGAAAGAGGAAGCUCCACAACUUCCGAAAAAGGAAAUCCCAAAGAAAGGUCUGAAGAACAUGUCCAGGAUGUUCAUGAAGUUUUCUGGCUUCAGGAGGCGCAGGAACAGCAGGAAGAAGCUGAAAAGUACAUCACGCUUGUUCCUGGGGUUGGGGAAGAAAACCCGCAUCGCUAAGAAGAAACGCCGCAAGUCCAUGCUGAAGAACACCUCUCGAUUCAUGAUGAGGUUUAAGGCCAGCAAAAAGAGGAAAAAGGAGAAGGAGGACAAAGAAAAGGAAAAUGGUGGGAAGAAGCCAACCUAUAUGCUGCUUCGUCUGGGAGGAGGUAAUGAUUCAAAAAAGAAGGGGGGCUUCUUCAAAAACCUAUUUGGAAAAAAGAAUAGUGACGGGCCUCCUGACGACUUCAAGAACAGAAGUGUGUUGCUGGGUAAGGUUGCAGGAGCAACCAACUGGCUGACCAAACGCUUCCUGUCCACUAAAAUGCGAGGAAAUGCAGGACAUCACGACAGGGACGGACAAAGAGCGCACGGCCGAUAUGUCAGCUCUAGAGAUCAUCUUCAUGGUUACCAAAACAAUGGUUAUGAGCAUGAGGAUGAGGCUUAUGGAUAUGACAGGGGACAUUCAGUCCGCCAGAAAGGUUAUGGAGGCUAUGAUGAUGGUUAUGGUGGUUAUGGAGACGAGGCAACUGCAGCAUAUGGAAGCCAGGGUCAGUUUGGUUACUAUGACAAUGGAGCAGGGGUAGCAGACCAUCAAGACCUGGGUUAUUAUGAGGAAGAAGGACUCUAUGAUCCAAAUGCAGAAUAUUAUGAAGGUGGUCUUUAUGAUGAUGGCAUGGGGGACUACUAUAACCCUUAUACCUCCGCUCAAGGCUACUAUGACAACCAGGAAGCCAAUAACCAUGGUUACCAGCAACGACAGGCAAUGGCAAUGUAUGGUGACGAGGGUCUGGACUACUAUGCACUAAUGGGUGAGGACUAUGUGUAUGGUGGAGAGGUAGAUGGUGUCCUUGACCCUCUGGCUCAGGGUUAUUACGAUGAAAAUGGACAAGGAGUUUACUACGGUGAUGGGCAGAGGGGUUACUAUGACAACGAGCAGGCAGGUUAUUAUGAGGACCCUUAUGCAGCAACUAUGGGAAUGCAAGGGGGAUUUCCACCAGACUAUCAACUCAGUUAUAAUGAUGUGGGCAUGCCCUAUCAAGACUACAGCUCCCAGCAGGCAAUGGGGUUACCACCAGGAGGCCUGCAGAUCUCUGGCUUUGGAGGGCAAGGGAUGGAGCAGGUACAGGGCCUGUAUGGGGACCAGUACGCAGACCAGUAUGAUCAAUAUGGGAAUGAUACCGGUGGAGUUCAGGGAGGGGAGAUGACAUUUAGAGUUCCGAGACCUCAAGUGCGCCUAUUUGGGAAAGAGCGUCUAGAUGUGCCCCUGCCCCCUGCACCUACUUUGCCAUCUGAUCCAGAAUUUGAAGACAUGUCAGAAAUCCAGUAUGAAGACCAGUAUCCUCUUGCACCAGGUCAGCUUGGUGACAUGAUGUCAAUACAGCAGCAAAUGGGAAUGUCACCACAACAACAGAUGAUGAUGUCUCCUCAAGAACAAAUUAUGUUUUCUCAACAACAAACCAUGCUGUCUCCUCAAGACCAAAUGAUGAUGCCCCCACAGAUGAUGUCACCGCAGCAACAGAUGAUGUCACCACAGCAACAGAUGAUGUCACCACAGCAACAGAUGAUGUCACCACAGCAACAGAUGAUGUCACCACAGCAACAGAUGAUGUCACCACAGCAGCAGAUGAUGUUACAACAAGAACAAAGUAUGUCCGCCCAAAUGAUGCCAUCCCAGACACUGUCCCCACAGCAACAAAUGAUGUUACCGCAGCAACAAAUGAUGUUACCACAGCAACAGAUGAUGCCCCAGCAAAUGAUGUCACCACAGCAGCAGAUGAUGCCACAACAAAUGAUGUCACCACAGGAGCAGAUGAUGUCACCACAGCAACAGAUGAUGUCUCCACAAAUUAUUUCACCACAGCAGAUGAUGACAGACCCGAUGAUGAUGUCACAGCAACAGGGUUAUGGCCAAGUGAUCCCCACUCCAACUGCUAUGAUUAUUAAGCAAGCAAAUAUGUCCCCCCGUCCUGCGCGGCGCCUGCAACCCUCUCCGACUCCAUCCCGCCGCUCUGUCAUCAUGCCCUCCCCACAGAUGCAGCGCCAUCCCUCUGCCAUGGCCUCCCCAGUACCCUCCCCUAUGCUUCCACAAAGACGCAGCCCCUCCCCACAACCAUCCAUGAGGAACGGGUUCAUAAAUGCCCAAAGACCCUCCUCUGUUAUGUCCAGACAAAUGUCACCUCAUGCCUCCCCCAUGGCCUCCCCCCACACCCGUCGUAGAAUGCAACCUCAGAGAUCACCAUCUCCCAUGGCUCGAGCACCCUCCCCCCCUCACUCUCCCCGUGCCUCCAUGAUCCUGCGAAGUCCUCCACCCUCACCAAGAGCAUCAAUGAGACGGCGUUCUCCGCCUUCCUCACCCCGUGCUUCCAUGAGGAGGCAAAGUCCUCCAGCCUCACCCACUCCAGCCCGCAGCCCAUUUGGGGGGAGGAAGAUGCAUGGUCCACCCUCCCCUUCCUUCUCCCCCGGUCAUGCAUCUCCCCAUCACUCUCCACAGCUCAGUAGAAGACCAUCUCCCUCUCCCUCACCAUCUCGUCGCAGUUUGUCCCCUGCAGGACCGCGGCCUGCCCCAUCAUCUCCUACCCUGUCUCGUCGCUCAACUCGGCUGCUCAGGGACCCCACACCAUUGGCCCGUCCCAGGAUGGGGGGAAAUGUUCCUUUAGGUACGGUUAGGCCCUCACCUAUGGGUCUCCGAGGGCGCCCUAUGCCCCCGCCCACCCAGAAUGUGCGUCCAUUCCGUCCUUCCUCCAUACGAAGCAAUAGGUCUUCUGUUCUCACUGUGGACUCCUCCCUCGCCUCCCCUUUUCACUCCCCUCACAUGGUCCACCGUGCCCCCCAUGGGAGGAGAGAAUCUGGCCGAUUCCAUCCUCGCCCUGUGGCCCGAGGACGUCCCCUCAUGGCCCAGCAGUCUAUAAGAAGAAUGCCUCCUGCCUCUCCACAGCCCUCCCUUAAACACAUGCCACAUCCUGCAUCCCCACGCCACUCUCCUCGACUUUCUCGUCAGUCCUCCCCCCACCUGCCCCCUCGAUCUGCCCAUCCACGUACUUAUGCACCAGAACCGUAUGUGUCUGGCCCGUAUGCCGAUGCUUAUACUGAGCCGUCGCAUCAGUUUGUUUCCCCCUCUUCUCCUAUGUUAUCUGGUGCUUUGCAGAACCAAGCUAUCAGACAGGCGUCUUUCGCUUCCCCCUUCGGCCCAGAGCAAGCCCAAAUGGUAGACAUGGGUGUGAUGGUUACAGAAUAUGUAGAACCUUAUGCUCUCUCAUCCCCUUCGCUGACUGGGGCAAUGCAAAACCAGGUUAUCCGGGAUGCAUCCUUUGUUUCCUCACUGCAGACACCAAUGUCCCCUUAUGAACAGCCUAUGGCCCCUUCAUCUCCCAUGCUGUCUCGGGCUCUGCAGAAUCAAGCUCUACUGGAUGCAUCUUAUGUUUCUCCCUUACAAAGGCCAAUGUCCCCUUAUGAGCAACCUAUGGCCCCUUCAUCUCCCAUGCUGUCUCGGGCUCUGCAGAAUCAAGCUCUAAUGGAUGCAUCUUAUGUUUCUCCUUUACAAAGGCCAAUGUCCCCUUAUGAGCAGCCUAUGGCCCCUUCAUCUCCCAUGCUGUCUCGGGCUCUGCAGAAUCAAGCUCUAAUGGAUGCAUCUUACGUUUCUCCUUUACAAAGGCCAAUGUCCCCUUAUGAGCAACCUAUGGCCCCUUCUUCCCCAAUGCUGUCUGGAGCUCUGCAAAACCAGGCAGUGAGAGAAGCCUCCUAUGUGUCUCCUCUUCAAAGGCCUCAAUCCCCAUAUGCCUCAUCUGUACCUUCCACUCCAAUGCUGUCUGGAGCCAUGAGACAUGGUCAGGCACUAAGAGGCAUGUCUUCUUAUCAAACUCCACAGCUCCGUUCACCAUACGGACCAACAGUUGUUACUCCAUAUGAUUACAUCUCUGAGCCUGGCCCGUCGCCACUGCUUCAUGAUGCCCUGCAGAACCGUUCUCAUUUGCAGAACGUCUCAUCUUUAAGAUCCCCUAUGAUGCAACGCCGGAACCCUUAUGCACCAGCUGGGCCUCAGCUCCAUAAUGCUCUUCAACAGAACCCAAACUUACGCCAAGCAUCUUAUCAGACACCCAUGCAACUCAGACAGUACCCGUAUGGACCCCCACCACCCUCUUCACCAAUGUUAGGAAGUGCCCUGCAAAACCGACAGCUGAUGAAAGCAUCGUACCGGCUGCCAGAUGGAACCUUGGUGUCACCAUAUGCAGCUUCACCUUCGUCCCCGUUGCUCGGCAAUGCCUUGCAAAACCAACAAGUCCGUGGAGCCUCGUACACCUUGGCCGAUGGAUCAGUUAUCAGGGACCCACGUAUCCCACAAAAGCCCAUGUCUCCUAACCUUUCAGGAGCCCUUCAGAACCAGAAUGUCAGAACUGCUUCAUAUACUCUCCCCGAUGGCUCCAUUAUAGACCCGAGACAGCAACAAUCCAUUUCCCCAAACCUUGCCAAGGCGCUAAGCAACCCAGCUCUGCGCGCGGCCUCCUAUUCUCUCCCUGAUGGUACCAUUGUGAUUGACCCCAGGAAACCAAAGUCCCCGAACCUUUCAGCAGCACUACUGAAUCCUUACCUGAAAAGUGCAUCUUACACCCUGCCCGAUGGUACAAUCAUCAUUGAUCCACGGAAACCUGUCUCUCCGAACCUCUCCGGCGCCCUUCAAAACUCUGCACUGCGGAACGCCUCCUUCACGCUACCAGAAGGGGUCCAUGACCCCAAUAGACCCAUUUCACCAAACCUCGCUCAGGCCCUCAGUAACCCAGCAUUGAGAGGAGCUUCAUACACCCUCCCAGAUGGAACUAUUAUAGUGGACCCGAGGAAACCAAAGAGCCCCAACCUGGCAGCCGCCCUGCAGAAUCCUUAUCUAAAGGGUCUGUCCCUCACCCUGCCUGAUGGAACCAUCAUCAUUGACCCACGAAAACCAGUUGGCCCUAACCUGUCUAGAGCUCUUUUGAAUGACAACCUUCGUCAUGCAUCAUACCGUCUUCCUGAUGGCUCCCUGGUUAUCCCUGGCCAGAAGCCCAACCUUUCAGCUGCUCUGAGGCAAAACCAGGCACUUCGGUCUGCAGGUCUCUAUCAUCUCACAGAAAACUCUGUACUGUCAGGCGCACCCAAACCCACCCCUCCCAAUCUUGCCUCUGCUCUGCGGAAUGACGAACUCCGUGAUGUCAAAUACAGGCUGCCUGAUGGCUCUUUUCUCACACGCCGGUUCCACGUCCCGAGACUGUCCGAAGCCGUCCAAAACCAGCAGCUUCGCUAUGCCUCAUACACGGUGCCAACAGGCCUGCAGGGUGAGGAUAAUCGCUAUGCUGUGGUUCCGCCCUAUGGGCCGCGCUCAGGACACUGGGCCAGAAAUGCCCGAGGUGGAGGGGAAGGAGGGGAAGAUGUUUGGGCAGCAGAGAGGGUUUUACCACAUGGGACGGUCCAGAAUCUGUCAAAGUGGUCCAUGUACAGAGAAGACGGGGUGUUAGAGGGAUAUUCACCAUCACCUCAACUGGUGGACGGACUGCUCCAGGACACAAAAUGGACUCCUGACAGAGAUAGAGUACCUGGUCAAAGCUGGUAUGACAAGAUCUACUCUAUCCUAAGCAUGCCCACAACAGGCCACAGGGCGAAAAGCUGGGCGGAGGGAAUGGAGGACAUGACACAGUUGCCUGAUCUGAAUGAGACCACAGUUCUGAUGAACCUGAAGAAGCGCUUCGACCAGGAACUUGCAUAUACCUACAUAGGCAGCAUCCUGGUGUCCGUGAAUCCCUACAAGUUGCUCAACAUUUAUGGCACCGACAUGGUGCUUCAGUAUGAAGGCCGCGGCCUGAGUGACAACCCUCCUCAUCUUUUUGCCAUUGCUAAUCUCUCAUAUACCACCAUGAUGGAUGCCAAAAAGGACCAGUGUAUUGUGAUCAGCGGAGAAAGUGGGUCAGGAAAGACUGAAGCUACUAAACUGAUCCUGCGUUACUUGACAGCCAUACAUCACAAAUGCAACAUCACACAACAGAUAGAGAUCCUGGAGGCCACACCCCUGUUGGAGUCUUUUGGGAAUGCCAAAACUGUGCGCAAUGACAACUCUUCACGCUUUGGCAAAUACACACGGAUCUACAUGGAGGAGGGUGUAAUCAGCGGUGCCAUAACGUCUCAGUACCUGUUGGAGAAGUCUCGCAUUGUCUUUCAGGCCAAAUCGGAGAGGAACUAUCACAUCUUCUAUGAGAUGUUGGCAGGUCUUCCUCCUCAUGAGAAGCGCUCACUGUAUCUGCAGGAAGCUGAGACUUACUACUAUCUGAAUCAGGGAGGGGAUUGUACCAUAGAGGGAAAGGACGACGGGGAGGACUUCAGGCGUCUGCUGAGUGCCAUGGACAUCCUGUGCUUCACCCCAGAGGAGCAAACCAGCAUCUACAGACUGCUGUCCUCUGUCCUUCAUCUGGGGAACGUGUACUUCCAGCCACACCAGGCUGAAGGUCAGGAGGUCGCGUCGGUGGUGAGCGCUCAGGAGAUCAGGGUGGUGGCUGAGCUGCUGCAGGUCUCACCUGAAGGCCUGCAGAAGUCCGUCACCUUCAAACUGACAGAUACAGUGAGGGAGAAGAUCUUCACCCCGCUCACAGUGGAGAGUGCUGUGGAUGCCAGAGAUGCCGUUGCCAAGAUCCUCUACUCGCUGCUGUUUAGUUGGCUGACAGAGCGCAUCAACGGACGCGUCUACCCUCGCAACGAAGCCCUCUCCAUCUCCAUAUUGGACAUCUAUGGAUUUGAGGAGCUACAGGUGAACAGUUUUGAGCAGCUGUGCAUCAACUACGCCAAUGAAACUUUGCAGUUCUUCUUUAACAGGGUCAUCUUCCAGGAGGAGCAGGAGGAGUACAUGCGGGAGCAGAUCAAGUGGCAGCAGCAGCCCUUCAGCCACAACCAGGCCUGUCUCGACCUCAUCGCCGCUAAGCCUCAUGGGAUACUGCGCAUACUGGACGACCAGUGCGGUUUCCCUCAGGCAACAGACCACACCUUCCUUCAGAAGUGCCACUAUCACCAUGGAAACAACCCGCUCUAUGCCAGGCCAAAGAUGCCACUGCCAGAGUUCACCCUGAAACACUUUGCUGGGAAAGUCACGUACCAGGUGCACAAAUUCUUGGAUAAGAACUUCGACAUGGUCCGCCAGGAUGUUUUAGACCUCUUCAUCCAGAGCAAGAACAAAAUGGUAUCCAGCCUCUUCUUAAAGCAUUCAGAGUCUGCGUCUAACGUGCGGCGCAGCAGCGCGGCUCGCCGUCAUCAGGCCAACACGGUCGGCUCAAAGUUCCAGAGCAGCCUGCAGGAGCUGCUGGAGAAGAUGGAAAGGUGUAACCCUUAUUUUGUGCGAUGCAUCAAGCCAAACCAUCAUAAGGAGCCAGGAGGGUUUGACAUGGAGCUGGUCAACACUCAGCUGCAUUACUCUGGCAUCAUGGAGACCAUCCUUAUCAGGAAGGAGGGUUAUCCAAUCAGAAUGCACUUUCACCGCUUCCUAACAAGGUACAAAGCCCUGCUCUGCCUGACGGAUCCUCCACCAGCAGACGGAGAAAACUGUGUCCACAUGCUCCACAGGCUCGGUCCGGUCAAGAACGGCUCGUAUCAGCUGGGUGUCAGCAAGAUUUUCCUGAAAGAGGAGCUGUAUCAGCUGUUGGAGGGGAAGCGUGACCGCCUGCUCAACAUCGCCGCCAUGACGCUGCAGAGAUACACUCGAGCAUGUUUCAUCCGAAAGAAUUUUGCCAAGCUGCAGCGACGUGUGAUCCUGUUUGAAACUCGCUGCAGAGGCUACCUGGCCAGAAAGAAGUUUGCUCUGAGGAGGAAGUACCUCAUCAGGCUCCGCUCCACCGUGCUGCUCAUCGUCAACCGCCAGCGUUACAUGAGGACAGUGGUGGAGCCUGCAAGGAAGGCAGAGGAGGAUCGCAUCAACAGAGAGGUGGUGAAUGUGACGACGCUGCUGAUCCCUGCUGAGCUGGCAGUUCUGCUACAGGCGGCCUCAGGUGGUGGAGAGCUGCAUUCUGACUGCCUGGCGGUGGUCCAGGCUCCAAAGGUUCAGGUUGACCCCCAGCUGACCCUGCCCCUGGAUAUCAACAACUACCUCAUGACACACUACAUCCGAGCCAUAUUUAGGGAGCCAAUGUUUGGGAUGCUGACAGCCCCGCUGGAGAGUUCACUGAUUCGAAUGGAGGAGGAGCUUAAACAAGGAGCUCUGAACGUUUUCAUUCUGAUACUAAGAUUUAUGGGUGACCCAAACUUGAAUGGGGCUCAGGAGAAUCUGUUUGGGAAUUACAUCAUCCAGAGAGGACUUUCCAAUCCGAGCCUCCGAGAUGAGAUCCUCGCUCAGGUAGCCAAUCAGGUGUGGAGGAAUCCUAACAUUUUGAACUCAGAGCGUGGUUGGCUCCUCCUGUCCUCCUGUCUCUCUGCCUUCCUGCCCUCUCAAAGGCUGGCCAAGUUCCUGCUGAAGUUUGUGUCUGACUACGGGCCAGAGGGCUAUGAUUGUGUGUGUCAGCACCGUCUGCUUCAAGCUCUGCAGCGGCUGAAUGUCGGGCCGGAGUAUGUCCGGACGUACCCACCCUGUCUGCUGGAGUGGACCGCCAAUCGCAAGAGAGCUCACACCGUUCUGCACAUACACUGUUUCGACGGCGUGUCCUUCCUGUGUCCUCUACACUCCUGGACAACAGGAGAAGAAAUGGCCAAAGACAUCUUACAACACAGGGGCGUGGUGGACGGUCGUCGUGGCUGGUCGGUGCUGCUGAAGGAGCCGGCUCAGUGGGUGGAGCUGGAGGGCUCGGACUACGUUCUGGACUUGAUGUCGGACCUGGAGCUUCCUGCUGACUUCCCCAAACACAGCAGCUACUUCAUCAUCUCUGCACAGGAACCAACCAGAGUGCGGCGCAACGCCAGCAUAAGCCUGUUGGGCGGUGGGUUUGACAUGAAGGAUGAUUUCAUGUCUUCAGUCUUACCUGGCUCUGAUGGACAAGACCUGGAGCCUCAGAGAGGGAUGGAUCGUUAUCUCGACAGCCUGUUUGACCCUGUUCUGUCUGAGGGAACUGGAGAGGUGGAAUCAGCUGCUGGACUGUCCAGCAGGAUGAAGGGGGCUGGGGGAGUUGGAGCUGGAUGGCAACAGCAAGGGCAGUCAACCGGCCCCCCACCUCCACCUGGGGCUGUGAGAGUCCUUCCCGUGGGAGGCGUGAUGUCGCCUCCUGUUGCUGCCGUGGCACCUGUAGCACCUGAUGCCCAGCAGGCUGUUUUGGCCCAGCAGCAGCAGGCGAUCGUGAACCAGCAGGCCGUCAUCAUGGCCCAGCAGAUGACCAUGCAGGCCAUGGCCAUCAUGGGCAGCCCGGUGAAGCCCCCCACCUCCCCGAUCAUGAGCCCUCCCACGAGCCCCCUGCUCCACCACCCUCCCAGCCCGUACGCCCCCUCCAGCCCCUACGCCGUCAUACCCCAGAGUCCCUACGCCAACAUCCCGCCCAGCCCCUACGCCAACUUCACUCCAACUCCCUACACUGCAGCAGACAUCCCGCCCAGGCAUCCCUAUCCGCCCCCAGCUCGGCCUCCGGCGGAGCCCGCAGCUCGGCCUCAGCCUCAGCCGAGCUCCACCAAAACUUACAAAACUGAGCCGACGCAGCCCAAAGGGAACGCUGCAGCACGGGUUCAGUCAGGUGAGGACAGCGUCUCUCGGAGGAAGGCUCCGGGCGUCCCCAUCAACAAGGACACACCAGUCAGAAAGUUUGCACCAGUGGUGACGUCUCCUCCACCCCCUGCUGGAGAGGUGGUGAAGUACUCGGCUCGGAAUUCAGAGUACCUCGUCCCCAGCCAAGACAUACAAGACAUCAUCAAAAGGUACAACUCCCCCCCUCCACCGGGAGACACUGCCAUCUGAGAGACCCUGCCAUCUGAGAAGAGGAGACCAGAGGGGAAGUUUAAGAAGAAGCAAACCGCUCGUGAUGAAGCUUUACAGAUCCUCAAACCGCAGAUGGACAACCCUCCUGCUCCACAGCACAAACGUCCUGCUGCCCCCCCACCAUCUGCGUCAGCAAUGAAGGAGGCGGGAUUUAAACCCACCAAGAGCACGAAGACAAAAGCUCCUGCUCGUCCUCUCCCCAAACCUCCUCCAGUUUCUCGAGAGCUUCCUGUAGAGACUGAAACCGUCCAGACACAGCUUCAUCGGAGAACCAACGAGGAGCACUACACCUACACCAAUGUUCCCUGGAGAUUGUACCUCAGGAAGGAGGUUUUUUAUCCAAAAGACAGCUUCAACAAUCCUCUGGUGCUGGACCUCAUUUUCAAACAGAUCGUGAACGACACUCUGUCAGAGGCCUGUGUUCGCAUCACCAGGGAUGAAAGGCAGAAGAUGAAGGCUCUUUUUGCUAAACAUGGGGUUAAACAGAAUAUGGAUCCGGUGGAGGAGCACGUGAAGAAAGCAAUCGUGUCAGCUGCCAGGGAAACCUGGGAAAUAUACUUCUCCCGUCUGUUCCCCGCAUCGGGUAGUGUAGGAACAGGUGUUCAGGUGUUGUCGGUGUCCCACAGCGGUAUAAAGCUGUUGAAGACGGUAAAAAGCAGCGCUGCAGCUCCAGACUACUUCAGAGUCCUACGACCCUACACCUACGCAGACAUCCUGUUUGUAACCAUCCCGUCUGAAAACAUGCUGGAGUUCAAUCUGACCAACGAGAAGCUGAUCCUGUUCUCAGCCAAGGCACUGCAAGUCAAACAUCUCGUAGACACCUUCAUCAAUGAGAUCAAAAAGGACUCAGAUUACGUGAUUGCAGAGCGAAACUUUGUGACGGACGACCGCUUGAUGCUUAGUUUUCACAAAGGCGACGUCAUCAGGCUGCAGGUUAUGGACGGGCUGGAGAAGGGUUACAGCUACGGCUGUGUGGUGAGGAAGAAGGUGGUGUUUUUGGAGGAUCUGAAAAGAGAAACUCAGGACUUUGGUUGGAAGUUUGGUGCCGUGUUCGGUCGCUCCGGUUCGUUCCCGGCUGACUGCGUCCAUCCCGUCGCUCCUCCUGACUUCCUGUCGCUGCCGCUGGACCGCAAGGCCGAGCCCCGAGGAGGAGCGGGACAGUUUGCAGUGUCCUCAGCCAUCGCUGUUGCCGUGGCGUCCACCAUGGCUGCGCAUGAGAUAGAUCAAACGAUUGAGAAGAUUUCCCUUGACGGCUUUUCUGACGGAGAUCUGGAUGAGAGGGCUCUGCAGGACAGUAAAUAUGACAUGUUGGAGUUCGCCAAGAAGUUCUUCAGACAGCGAACCAGCGGGAAGGGAGAUUCCCUGAAGAGCAAAAGCAAGAACAGAGACUCCAGAGAGCCCACUGAAAUGAUCAAGUUCUCCAAGACUCCUCUGACUGAGUCUCUGAUAGAGUUUACGGAUCAAGCCAUGAACAGAGUGGCAGCUGAUCUCUUCCUGGCGGUGAUGCGUUUCAUGGGUGACUCUCCAUCAAGGGGAUUGACGGAACAGGAAGUGGUCAACAAUGUCCUCAAGCUCAUAGGAGAGUUCACCUUGAUGAGGGAUGAGGCUUACUGCCAGCUCCUCAAACAGCUUACAUCUAACACCAGCUCCAAACCUGAUAGUUGCCAACGAGGCUGGAGGCUGCUGUACAUCCUGACCGCUUUCCAUCGCUGCUCUGAAGUCCUCAAGCCCUUCCUGCUGAAGAACCUGCAGCAGGCUUCUCGCAGUGCCGGUGUGCAGUAUCAGGGCAUCGCCAAAGCGUGCGAGCAAAACCUGAAGAAGACGUUCCAGUACGGAGGCCGCAUUGUUCCACCCAACAGCAUGGAGCUGAAGGCCGUGAUGGCGGGACGUAGUUCAAAACGUCAGCUGAUUCUGUUUCCUGGAGGCAUUGAACGUCAUGUGAAAAUGAAAACGUGCUCCGUUGCCCUGGAGGUGAUUGAGGAGCUGUGUUAUGAGAUGGGUUUGCACAAACUGGAGGCCAUGGAAGAAUAUGCCAUAUUUUUAGUCACCAAUAGAGGUCAGAAUGUGCGUCCUCUGAACAAACACGAGUACAUCCUGGAUGUGGCGACAGAGGCCGAGGUUGUGGACACCAACUACAGCUUCUGGUUCAGACGAGUCGUCUGGACUCAACCGCUCAAGUUUGAGAAUGAGCUCUGUGUCGCCAUGCACUACAACCAGAUCCUGCCUGACUACCGCAAAGGCCUGCUAAAUGUUCUUCCACAUGGAAAAGUGAGCGAUCAACAGUUCCACCAGAUCUCCAAACUGGCAGCUCUGCAGCACCGAGCCAAAGACAUCCUCUUCAUCCCCAGCAUACAUGAACUAUCGGAGUACAUCGCCACACCUCUCUUCAAGAAGCAGCCACCCCAGCAGUGGGUUACCAUGGUGACGCAGCACAUGCAGCAAGUGCAGACCCUGAACCCGCACCAGGCCAGAGCACAGUUUCUGGGGCUGAUCAGUGCAUUCCCCAUGUUCGGCUCCUCGUUCUUCUACGUCCAAAGCAGCAGCUCCACCACCUUCUACGCCCCCUGCAUCGUUGCUGUCAACCAACACGGCCUCCACUUCCUGCACAAAAACACACACGAGCUGAUGGCAGUGGUCCCCCUGGUGGAGGUGCAGUCCAGCCGCACCCAGAGGCCCACUGCUGGAACCAGUUACCCGUAUGUAGACCUCACCCUGGGGGACAUGAACACACAGCGGGUCAUUCAGCUACAGCUGGAGCAGGGCCUGGAGUUGUGUCGAGUCAUUGCCAUGCAGGUGGAAAACAUGAUGUCCGUGCGGGAGAGGCGACUCACCCUGCCACCCAGUGAAAUCACCAUGUUAUAGCACAUUGAACGCACACACCGUCGUAUGAACACACUAAUGUAGAUGAAACCCUUUUAAAUAGCCUACCUCUUCUUGCCUUCAGGUGUUCUAAUAUUAUGUGUGAAUGCAUAAAUGUACCCUGAAGUCAGUUUCACUUUUACUUG